CCAGCGGCGUCCUCCUGAGCGGCGCGGGCAGCGACGGGCGGCGGGCGGAUCGGGCCGCGGCUCUUCCUCGCCAUGGGGGACGUGCUGUCCACGCACCUGGACGACGCCCGGCGCCAGCACAUCGCAGAGAAAACUGGGAAGAUCCUGACGGAGUUCGGCCGUUUUUAUGAGGACCAGUAUGGCGUGGUUCUCUUCAACAGCAUGCGCCACGAGAUUGAGGGCACGGGGCUGCCGCAGGCCCAGCUGCUCUGGCGCAAGGUGCCAUUGGAUGAGCGCAUCAUCUUCUCUGGGAACCUCUUUCAGUACCAGGAGGACAACAAGAAAUGGAGGAACCGCUUCAGUCUCGUGCCUCACAACUAUGGGCUGGUGCUCUACGAGAACAAAGUGGCCUACGAGCGGCAGGUCCCACCCCGAGCUGUCAUCAACAGUGCAGGCUACAAAAUCCUCACCUCCGUGGAUCAGUACCUGGAGCUUGUUGGCAACUCCUUACCAGGUAAAAGAGAGCUGCCCCGGUUCCAGGAGCUGAUCUUCGAGGACUUCGCCAGGUUCAUCCUGGUGGAGAACACGUACGAGGAGGUGGUGCUGCAGACGGUCAUGAAGGACAUCCUGCAGGCCGUGAAGGAGGCCGCGGUGCAGAGGAAGCACAACCUCUACCGGGACAGCAUGGUCAUGCACAACAGCGACCCCAACUUGCACCUGCUGGCCGAGGGCGCGCCUAUCGACUGGGGUGAGGAGUACGGUGGCAGCGGGGGGGACGGCGGCAGCCCCAGCGUCCCAGAAGCAGCCACCCAUUCAGAAAAGCGACGGCGUGCCAAGCAGGUGGUGUCUGUGGUCCAGGACGAGGAGGCAGGGCUGCCGUUCGAGGCCGGCCCUGAGCCACUAUCACCUGCGUCCCAGGACAGUGUCACUGAGCUCCGUGGCCUGCUGGCCCGGGAUCUGCGGGCUGAGAGCCCCCCGCCGGCUGGCCCUCUGCUCAACGGGGCCCCCUCCCAGGAGAGCCCCCAGCCCGCGGCAGCCCCUGAGGCCUCCUCGCCGCCCGCCUCACCCCUCCGGCAACUCCCUCCUGGAAAGGCUGCGGACCUUGAGCUUCCCAAACCUAGUGACCAGGAGACCGGGGAGCAGGUGUCCAGCCCUGGUGGCCGCCCCCCCAUCCACACCACCACCGAGGACAGCGCAGGGGUACAGACGGAGUUCUAGGCCGGUCACCCCCGAGCUUCUGCUGGACAUGGCACACGGGCCACCCCCUCCAAGACACUGGCAGGCUUGGCUCCAGCCGGGGAGCCCCAGAUCUAGGCCUCGGGGUGGAGGUAGGGGAGGGCUGGUGUGGCACCUCUGGGGCUGGCCCACCUGAGUCACUUUAUUGGGUUUGGUCACACUUUGCUCCGUUUUCUCUUCUGUGGGAUGAUCUGGGGCUUCCUGCUUGUGCUGGGAGCUGGGCCAGCCGAGGGGGCUGAGGAGUACCUUGGUGGCCGCCGGUUCCCUGGGUCCUCCCUUCCUGCUUUCUGGGGUCGGUUUCCCUCCUGGGGGUCUCACCCUCCUUCUCAGUAAGACCGAUGUAGAGUUGUUCGCUGGGUUAUUCGGCCACUGAAUUCUCUCCCUUCUCACUGGUGGAGGGGGCCCACUGGAACCAGAAGCAUGGAGCGUUGAAGCCCAGUUCUGUGUCCAGACCACUGUCCUCCUCAAUCCUGGCUGGGCCUCCAGAGGCCAGGUUUGGAGUGGACACUGGCCUCGCUUUGCCUGCUGUGGGGUGAGGGGAGGUGCACAGAGGGGUCUUCAGGCUGUAGCCAGGCUAGGGAUGCCUCCUGGAGGAGGGGUGAGGGGCCGGGAUUGGAAUGAGAAAGGCCCAGAAUGUGCUAGUCUGUGGAGAGGAAGUGUUCCA